AUGGAAGCUGUAGUACCAGCGAACGAAAAGGUGGUGUUCGUUAUACACGACUGGGGCUUUGGUUUGGGAUUCGACUGGGCACGAAAGAAUGAGGAACGAAUGGCUGGAUUGGUUUGCAUGGAGUUCAUUCACAUGAUGGUGACUACGGAGGACUUCGUAGGCUGGGAGAGGAAUCUGACUAAGAUGCGCGAUCCCGAAACUGGGCACCAGUGUGUCAUUGAAGAGAAUUACUUCGUUGAAGUCAUUCUUAGGGAAGAAGGUACUUCAAAGGGAUCUCUUUCUGACGCGGUAAUGGAACACUAUCGUAGGCCGUUUGCACAUCCGGCUGACCGCGAACCCCAAUGGCGGAUGCCUAACGAGAUUCCACUUGAGGGUCGUGCCCCAGUAGUCGGCGAGAUUCUUUAUAAAGCUUGGAACUGGUUGAAGGAGGGCAACAACCAAGUUCCAAAACUAUCAUUCUGA